AUGGCCACGGCACCUCUGCGUGCGUGGGCCGCUGCCCGCGGACCCGCGCUGCUGUCGGCUGCACGAUGCCACGGCACAUCCAUGACCACCUUGCUCGCGCAACACCAGCACCGCGCCGCGCUGUCGUCCGCUGCCAUGUACAUGCGCUCGUCGCACCCACACGCCAACGCGGCACCACCAGCCACUGCCACCACCACCACCACCACCACCACCACCGGCUUCCACAAGACCACGCCAACCGACAGCGAGCCAGCAGUCACCGCCACCAAGGAGGCGCACAUGUCCACGGCCACCGCACCAGCCGCAGGGCAGGCACCAACACCUGCUGUAGACCCGACCUCCGCCCCGCCACACGACACGGGGGCGCCCGCACACGCCACCAUGUCGGCAGACAAGCUUGACUUCAGCGACCCGAGCCAGGCGUUCCAGACCAAGUCGCUGUACGACCUCGUGCUCGCAUAUGGGGUGCUCAAGCUGUGCACCGUUCGCCAGAUUGUGGAGAAUGCAGGACCCCUCUACAAGAAGACAAGGGCCGUGUUUGGUGCUCGGCUUGUUGACGGGAUUGUGAAGGGAACCUUCUUCCGCCACUUCUGCGCUGGCGAGAAUGAGGACGAGCUCCGGCCAAUCGUUGCUGAGCUGCGUGCGAGCGGCAUCGGCUCUAUCAUGGACUACGCCGCCGAGGCAGACCUCGAAGACAAGCCGGAGGAUGUGCUGGAGGAGGAGCAACGGUUGUCUGCGCGCACAUACGAUUACAUUGACGAGUCCCACUGUGAUGCAAACGUCGAGAACUUUAAGACGUGCAUCGAAAACGUCCACAACGUCACUCCAGCUGGCAUUGCAGCCAUCAAGGUGACUGCUCUGGGCCACCCCGACCUCCUGAAGCAACUCUCCACAGCCAUCAUCCAGACACAAUGGCUGUUUGAUCUGUUUGCGAAGCGGGAGGAAGGUGUUGAGCACCACCACGCCGACGGCCUCACCGAGGAAGACUUCCAGCGCUUCUUCCACCAGUACUUCCCUGACAUCUCAGACCAAGAGAUCCACGACUUUUACAACCUGGUUGACUCUGACCGCAACGGGCGCGUGGACUUUGUGGAAUGGACGCACAACCUGCACAUUGAGGACAUCUGGGAGCUGAUGCGCCGUGCGGGCCCGCACACGCCGCUCGCCCACAUCACCCACGAGAUGCCCACGGAACGCGAACUGGAGCUCCUCAGGAACCUGCAGCGUCGCCUGACGGAGGUUGUUGAGUAUGCGGAGAAGCAUCGCGUGCGGCUGAUGAUUGACGCCGAGCAGACGUACUUCCAGCCCAUCAUCGACAACCUCGUCCUCGGUCUCCAGCGCAAGUACAACAAGGUCUAUGGCCUCAUCUAUCAGACGUACCAAUGCUAUUUGAAGGACGCUGUCCUGCGCAUCACCCAUGACCUUGAGCGUGCCCAGCGCGAGGGAUGGUGGUUUGCUGCAAAGCUCGUGCGUGGCGCCUACAUGGAGGCAGAGCGCAAGCUGGCUGAGCAGCGCGGGUACCCUGAUCCUAUCCACGACACAAUCGAAGACACGCACGCGGCAUACAACCGCGCCAUCCAGCUGCUCAUGGACUUCCCCCGCUGCAACGUCCUCAUCGCAUCGCACAACCAGGACUCGGUCGAGUUUGCAGUUGAGGAGAUGAAGCGGCGUGGCAUCGACCCGCAGACCGGAGGGGUGUGCUUUGCACAGCUGCGUGGCAUGAGCGACCACCUCACGUACACGCUCGGCCUCAACGGGUACAAGGCGUACAAGUACGUCCCCUAUGGCCCCGUCAACGAGGUCAUGCCAUACCUCAUCCGCCGCGCACACGAGAACAGCGGCAUGCUUGGCGGUGCGUCGCACGAGCUGACGAUGAUUUCGAACGAGAUCAAGCGUCGCAUCAAGAACUUUCAGUUUGCCUGAACACCGCCACGACAGACAUAUGCACCACCCAAAUACCACCGAUACGCGUACACACACACACAC